AUGGAGUAAAAUCUGUCUGUGUAAGCUAUCCUCUCCUCUUAACCAGACCACCAGCCAUACCAUAUUCUUAAUACUUUGUAUGAUCAAAGCUGAAUUCACAGCCAAUAAUAAUAAUAAAAUUAAGUUAUAAGGCAGGCAGGGAGGCAUGAAUCACACGCUCUUAAACUACAAGCCCGUUUCCUCCUAUUAUCCGAAUAUGGUGGGUGCCACCGUGAACAAGAAGAUCUUGAUCAACAAGUCCAAAACCAACGACCUUCACACCACAUGGAAAAUAACAAAGGCUGGUUGUUGCAAGGUCCGAUGUGAAGCUGAUCAUCAGCAAUCUAUGGAAGGUGUCGUCCGGUCGUCAACAGCAGCAAAUUACGUUCCUUUAUCACCUAUUAGCUUCUUGGAGCGAGCCGCCCAGGUUUACAGAGACCGCCUCUCCGUGGUUUAUGGGCCCAAUAUUAAGUACACAUGGGAGGAAACCUACCGUAGGUGUCUCAACCUUGCCUCUGCUCUCAACCGCUUGGGGGUUUCUCGCGGCCACGUUGUAGCCACACUAGCACCAAACAUCCCUGCAAUGGUAGAGCUUCAUUUCGCAAUCCCCAUGGCUGGAGCCAUUAUCUGCCCUCUUAACACACGCCUCAAUCCCAACAUGCUCUCAACCAUUCUCCAACACUCGGAAGCCAAGAUCAUCUUUGUUGACUACCAACUACUUCAACUUGCCAAGGAAGCAAUCCAUCUUCUUAAAGAAUCAACAUCCCUCCCGCCUCUUCUUGUCACUAUACCCGAACCUGGCUCUGGCUCUGGGUAUGAAUAUGAAAAUGAAUACGAAUACGAGAGUCUUGUGACGAGUGGGGCUGAUUCUGAGUUUUCUAUAAUUCGACCGCAUGAUGAAUGCGAUCCUAUUAGUUUAAACUACACAUCAGGAACCACGUCAAAGCCAAAAGGGGUCCUUUACAAUCACCGGGGCGCUUAUCUCAACUCACUUGCAUGUGUGUUCAUGCUGGGCAUGGGAGAGAUGCCUACAUACCUUUGGGCAGUGCCUAUGUUUCACUGCAAUGGAUGGUGCUUGCCAUGGGGGGUCGCAGUAGUUGGUGGGACCAAUGUCUGCCUACGCCGUGUCGAUCCUGAGCAUAUCUUUGACAAUAUAGUCCUUCAUAAGGUCACACAUAUGGGUGGAGCUCCAACCGUCUUGAACAUGAUUGCAAAUGCUUACCGGAAACUUCCACACAAGGUUGAGAUCAUGACCGCAGGCGCACCACCACCUGCCACGGUUAUUUCCAAGAUAGAGGAACUAGGGUUCCGUGUGUCUCACGCUUACGGGCUCACCGAAACGUACGGCUUAGGAACAUGGUGUUUGUGGAAACCUGAGUGGGAUUCGCUGGCGACGGAAGAAAAAGGAAGACUUAAAGCACGACAGGGAGUCAAACACUUUGGAGUGGAGGACGUAGAUGUAAAAGACCCGACUACAAUGGAGAGUGUAAAACAUGACGGCAAAUCAAUAGGGGAGAUUAUGCUAAGGGGUAAUACGAUCAUGAGCGGGUACUUGAAGGAUCCCAGGGCGACAGAAGAGGCUUUUGCAGGAGGCUGGUUUAGAAGCGGGGAUCUUGGGGUGAGGCAUGAAGACGGGUAUAUAGAGGUCAAAGAUCGGCUAAAAGACAUUGUGAUAUCUGGGGGUGAAAAUAUAUCGACCAUCGAGGUAGAAUCUGUGAUAUAUAGACAUAAAGGGGUUCUGGAAGUGGCGGUUGUGGGGCGGCCGGAUGAUCAUUGGGGGCAGACACCGUGUGCAUUUGUCAAGUUGAAACAAGGUGUUGAGGUUGAUGCUCAAGAAAUUAUUGACUACUGCCGAGAUCAUAUGCCACAUUAUAUGGCGCCUCGGACUGUCAUAUUUCAAGAUUUGCCAAGAAAUUCAACCGGUAAGAUAGAGAAGUCUGUGUUGAGAGAAAAGGCAAAAAAACUAUGAUAACCGAUGAAAGCGUUACAAGUGCAAUUUUUCU